AUGGCCGCCGCCAAUCCAAAGCCCAAGCCCACGCCGAUGCCUCCGCCCGCGGCGCCCACCGUGGCGGCGCAGAACCCAAAGGCCGCUGCCUCCAGGGCGUCGUCGUCCUCGUCGUCCGCCGCCGACCCCAACUCCAACCCCAACAAGCGCACCAACCCGGGCAACGCCGCCGCCGCCGCCGCGGCGGCGCCCGCGCCAACAGACCCUACCCCGAGCGUCAACGGGGAGGCUAGCCGCUCGCCUCUCAUCCCCGCGCAGCACCCGCACCCUCACCCUCACCCGCAGCAGCACGCUCCGCCCGGCGCGUCGCCUCUGCUGCCGCCCCCGCUCCCGUCGCGGCCUCUGCUCACCGUGGCCGCGGUGGAGGCGGUGGUGUCCGCCAUCCCGCCGCCGCCGCGGUACGGGCUGGAGGACCUCGACCGCCGCACCGUCGCGCUCUCCGACGGCACCCGGAAGUGGGAGGAUCAGGCCAAUGGUGGUGUGCCCGGGGAGUCCUCCGGACGCAAGCUGCAGCAGAAGUCUGAGGCGCGUGCGGCGAAGCAGGUGAAGGUGGAGGAGACGGGGGUGGACCCGAAGGUGCUGAAGACCGCCUUUCUUAAGAUGGUGAAGCUGAUAAAUGAGAAUGAAGCAGAUAAGAAGAAUUACCGGGCCAAUGGGAAGCUUUCCCAGCUGAAAUGCCCUGCCUAUGGCUAUGAGUAG